AGUUUUCUUCUUUUUCAUUGGUAGGCGCGAGAAGAGCCGCGUUGAGGCAGAGAGGUCUUUUCAGCUUGCACGUCACAGACAGAAGACCGUCCCCCUUUAAAUUCGCCAAUACACAUAUACAUUAUACAUCUGCGCGGCUCACCAGCGUGGGGUGCCUUCACCUCCCUCACCAUGUCCGGCGGUGCGUUACCGGCGUUCGAGGAGAAGCAGAAAGUGUACGCGCUCCUCAACGGCACCUUCCACGCGGCCAUCGUGCUGGAGGUGGCCGAGGACUCCACCAACGGUGCCUGCCUUUAUUACAUCCGCUACGUCGAGCAGGAUAGCCGCCUCGACCAGUGGCUCCCGGCGAGUGACAUUAAGGAGCGCCACCAGGGCCGCGCGCACCACAGCAGCGGCAGCAAUUAUCAGCAGCACGCCCUCGGUGGCGUCAAGACACGGCGGCAGAGCACCACGCCCGAUCAGCCCAGCUCGGAGACGGCGCUGCUGGCCACUGAUGGGGCACCGGUGUCCACAGAGGCGGCGGCCAACGCCAAAGGUGGCGGGUGUGCGCCGCACCUGGUGAAGGUGUCGAAGAUGCGUGCGCGCCGGGACAGUGCGUUUUUCUCUCGCACCAAGAACAUCUUCUCCGUCUGCAUGGGACCCUAUGAGGUGGAGACGUGGUACUUCAGUCCCUAUCACCUCGCUCGACCAGAGGUGCAGCAGCGGCUCUUGGCAGCUUCACAGUGUGUCACGGGCAGCACCGAACUGCAGCUGGUGCAGUCGAGCGCGCCCACCGCCAACACGAGCGGCAUCUCCGUCAGCGGCAACGGCGGCGAUGAUCGCGCCAGCAACGGCAACAGCAAUAACGGAGUGCCGGUCCGGCAGCGGCCCAUCGCCACCCGCUCCUUCUCCCUGCAUAUAUGUCCUUACUGCUUACGUCCUUUCCUCGACAACGAGGCGGUGGUGCGGCACCUCCAGCAGGAUUGUCUGCGCCACCCGCCGGGCAAUGAAAUCUACCGCGACCCGGUGCGUCGUCUCGUGGUGCUCGAGCUGGACGGCUCGCUGGAGCCGACCUUCUGCGAGCACCUCGCCCUCCUGUCGAAGCUGUUUCUUGAGCACAAGGCCUUGGACCACGACAUGACACCUUUUCUGUUCUACGUGCUCUGCUCCGUCGAGACGCACGGGCUGCAGGUACUGGGUUACUUCAGCAAGGAAAAGCAGACCCCAGAGCCGUACAACCUGUCGUGCAUUCUGGUCCUCCCGCAGUAUCAGAGUCGCGGCAUCGGUCGCUUCCUGAUCGAGCUAAGCUACGAGCUGUCCCGCCGAGAGGGCAAGGUGGGCACCCCGGAGAAGCCGUUGAGUGAUUUAGGGGAGAAGCUGUACUUGAGCUUCUGGUCUGAUACCGUCACCAUGGCUCUCGCACGUGCGAUGGAGGAGGGCCACUGUGUCUCGGUGGACUAUCUCGUGCAGGCCACCUCGAUGAUUCAGGCCGACGUCCUGCGCACGUUGCAGCACCAAAAACUCCUGAGCGGGCAUCAGCUCAGCAUUUCAGAGGACGUCAUCGAGCGCUGCUACACGAAGCGGCUGAAGAAGGAGGGCGACGUGACGAGCUACACCUUUUACACCCAUCUGCUGAGCUGGGCACCAGGCUUUUACGAAGAGUUUCGCGGAGUGCCACCACCCCCUACAUACACGCCGUGGAAAGACACUUCUGCGAGGAGCUCGUGA